UCCAAUUUGGACGUCUGUCCUUUACCCACAUCUGAUGUGCAAGGUGUACUGGGGAAGAAAGCAUCACUGCCCUGCGACAUCCAGCCCCUUCACUCAGAUGACGCGGUGGUCAUGGUGUUGUGGUUCAAGGAGUUGGAUGGAGAACCUUUGUACAGCUACGAUAUCCGUGGUCGGAACGCCAACCAGCCCAAGUUAUGGUCGUCCUCGGAGGUCUUCGGCAACCGAGCUUACUUCAGAGGUGGUGCAACUCCAGCUGUCCUCAUGGUUGACAACGUGAUAGCUGCAGACGCUGGUGUGUACAGAUGUAGAGUGGACUUCAAGAACUCUCCGACGAGGAACCUGAAAGUCAAUUUCACUGUCAUCAUUCCUCCCAGUCGACCGAUUAUAUAUGACGCAAAUAGAAGAGACAGAACGAAGCUAAUCGAACCUUAUAAUGAGGGUUCAAACGUGCACCUCAUAUGUGAAGUAGAAGGCGGCAUUCCAAGGCCGAAAGUUACGUGGUACUUAGAAAACGUUGUUAUAGACGAUUCUUAUGAAGAAAGACAAGAAGGGAUCACAAAAAAUACACUAACAUUCCCUAAUGUUGGAAGGCAACAUCUAAACGCAAGACUUGUGUGUCAAGCAUCGAACACAAAUCUGGCGCCACCGGAAACCAAAGUACUGAUAUUGGACAUUAAUUUGAAACCGAUAACUGUGAACAUAUUGACCAAGGAGAAGCAAGUAUCAGCGGAUAAAAGGUACGAAGUAGAAUGUAAGACUACGGGCUCACGACCCGAGGCGACUGUCACUUGGUGGAAGAACAAUAGACAACUCAAGCGGAUGGCGAAAAACUUCUCUGAGAAUAACGAGACACUCAGCGUCCUGAGUCUCGUGCCCGGCGUUGAUGACGACGGCAAAUAUUUGACGUGCCGCGCUGAGAACAAGCACAUACCAGAUUCAGCCAUAGAAGACAAGUGGCGACUCAACGUUCACUAUGUACCAAUAGUUGACCUCAAGAUGGGAUCCAAUCUGAAUCCUGAUGAAAUAAAGGAAGGGGAUGAUGUUUACUUCGAGUGUACGGUCAAAGCUAAUCCGAGGACACACAGGCUCGUUUGGUUUCACGACAACACGGAGAUCUUUCACAACGAAGCGUUGGGCGUUAUCCUGAGUGCCCAAAGCUUGGUUUUACAAAGUGUCACAAGAGCCGCCGCCGGCGACUACACCUGCAUGGCUGCGAACAGCGAGGGCAAAGGAAUAAGCAAUCCGGUGUCAUUAUUAGUCAGAUACGCGCCCGUCUGCGCCGAACGGAGGGAUAACGAGCUUUUCGGAGCUUUGAAACAUGAAACCGUAUCUUUACACUGCUCCGUCGACGCUAAUCCAGCGCUGGUGUCCUUUCAUUGGACGUUCAAUAACUCUGGCGAACAAACAGAAAUACCACCCAGACUAUACACUAGUCAUGGUCACACAUCAACCCUUAAUUACACCCCAACGACAGACAUGGAGUACGGUACACUCGCCUGUUAUGGAGAAAACUCAGUUGGUCAGCAGAAAGUGCCUUGCCUCUUCCAACUCGUAGCUGCAGGUCGUCCUUUUCAUCUACAAAACUGUACGGUGGCGAAUCAAAGUCUGGAUUCGUUGUACGUGGAAUGCGUCGAGAACUUCGAUGGCGGUCUCCCCCAGACCUUCUUAAUGGAACUUUUGGAACUACCCUCAUUAACGGUUCGCUACAACGUCUCGACAAAUAGGACGCCACCCUAUUUCGAAAUCCGGGGCCUCCCGCCGGGCGUCACUUACAGGAUCGACUUGUACGCAGUCAACGCUAAAGGACGAAGCGACGUGUCCACGAUAGAAACCGUCACGUUGAAGGGACAGGCGAAAUACACUGAUGUAAGCGGCUCACUGGGAAUGUCACCAGUGGUAGCGUCAAUAGCAGCGAUGUCAGCACUACUGGCAACAGCGGUUUGUGGUGUACUUGCUGUUUUAUAUAGACGUCACGCUAACCGCCAUAGAAAUCUGCCGGCCAAACACACCCCUUUGAGUGAAGCGAUGUAUGCGGAGCGCAGUGGACAAUGCAGCACUCCAGUCAAGGCAGAAGUACGAACAGCUCCCGAUCCUGACCCCGCUGAUGACGCUGAUCCGGAUAUAAUACCUAAUUUAUAUGAACGAAGGCCAGUAUCCAAUGGGUAUAUGAGCCUGCAGCGUCCGCCGUCUAACAGCAAGAUGCGUGAAGUAAGCGAGGACGCCCGUUCCGAACCUGAUGGAGGCGGGUACUACGCUGAUUUUAGAAAAAAGGAUUAUAAGAUACCUUUGACUAGUUCAUAUCAUAGCUUAAAUCGCGUCAACAAGGGCGUAAACGCCUGCAGCCCGGGCUCGACGGGCGUGACGUCAUCACUGACAGCGCACCGACUACGACCGGAAGUGGUCACCACAUCGCAUCGAGUACAAGAGAGUUGUAUAUAAACUAGUUUAGGAAACGUAAGGGUCUAGACUUUAGAAAAUUGAUCGAAAUUUUUAUUUACAGAUAUUUCUUGAGUGAAGAAAAAAAAAAUUGAAAAUUUACUUUCGAAACUAAAAUCUUUUUAUCAAUUUGGAACUUUAGCUAUUUCAUGUAUUUUUUAUUGACAUUAUAGUUAUCUCUGUAUCUAGAACCCUUGAUGUAAAUAAACUAAUAUAAGUUUAGUACUGACUGUGUUCCUUUAAUACUUUAAACUUUUAUAUAAUAACGUUUUUAAUACAAAUGUGUAUGUAUAAUUAUAAGUGUCCACUUGUUAAUGGUCAAUUCGAUUGGAGUAUAAGCGUUGAGCGUGUGGGUCUACAGAUAUUAAGAUGUAACGAAAAUUUAAAAUGUUAUUAAGAUGCUUCUUUAUUGUAUUUUACUUAU